UAGAUCUCCAGAGUGGCACCCGUGACAGCUGUGAAGUCACUCCAGGCUUUCAGCCCUGUGUUUGACAGUCUGCUAUGAAGAUGGCAGCCAGGGUGAUUUGGGGUAGCCUCAGCCUGCUUCGAGUCUUGUGGUGUCUCCUUCCCCAGACUGGCUACAUACACCCAGAUGAGUUCUUCCAGUCACCUGAGGUCAUGGCAGAGGACAUCCUGGGUGUGCAGGCUUCACGGCCCUGGGAAUUUUACCCCAGCAACUCCUGUCGCACUGUGGUCUUCCCCCUGCUGACCUCUGGCUCUACCUUCUGGUUGCUCAGGCUCUGGGAAGAGCUGGGGCCCUGGCCUGGUCUGGUGAGUGGCUACAAGCUGCUGGUGGGGCCCCGACUCCUCCUCACUACCCUCUCCUUUGCCCUGGACUGGGCUAUGUACUAUCUGGCUCCACUGUGGGGGGCAGAUCGCUGGAAUGCCAUGUGCCUGCUGUCUGGGUCCUAUGUCACCCUGGUUUUCUACACAAGGACUUUCUCCAACACCAUCGAGGGACUUCUCUUCACCUGGCUGCUGGUGUUGGUGUCCCCUUAUGUGGCAUGGAGUCCCACAUCAAAGAAGCCUACCCCGGGUCCAUGGUGGCACAGCUGCCUUCUUGGUGCCAUUGUGGCUGCUGGCUUCUUCAAUCGGCCAACCUUUCUAGCCUUUGCUCUGGCCCCCCUCUCUCUCUGGGGAAUCCAUAGAGCCUUGGAACCUGGCAUCAAGGCCUUGACUCAGGAGGCCCUGGUGCUGUUGCCAGGGGCUGUUCUUGCUGCAGUGUUGUUUAUAACCAUGGACAGCUGGUAUUUCUCCAGCCUCUCGAGAUCCAGUGGCCUUGUUCUUACACCUGUAAACUUCUUGUACUAUAACCUGGACCCCCAAAACCUUGCAAGGCAUGGCACACAUGCACGGCUCACUCACCUGGCAGUCAAUGGCUUUCUGCUCUUCGGGGUAUUGCAUGCUCAAGCCCUGCAGGCGGCAUGGCAACAACUCCACAGCUGCCUCCAUGCAGUUGCACAAACCGGCCUCUUGAGGGCGCGGGGUCCCCAGGGCCUACUGCCUAGUUCUAAGUCUUACCUCCUUCUCCUUUACUUCACACCCCUGGUCCUGCUGUCUGCCUUUAGCCACCAAGAGGCUAGAUUCCUGAUUCCCCUCAUAGUCCCUCUAAUCCUGCUUUGUAGUCCGCAAACACAACCUAUACCCUGGAGGGGUACCCUGGUCCUCUUCAAUGCCCUAGGUGCGCUCAUCUUUGGCUGCCUGCAUCAGGGAGGUUUGGUACCUGGCUUGAAAUACCUGGAGCAUGUAGUCCAUGCACCUGUCCUCCCGGGCAGGGCCACCCACUACACGCUUCUCUUCACCCACACCUACAUGCCUCCUCAGCACCUCCUGCACCUCUCAGGCCUGGGAUCACCUGUGGAGGUGGUGGAUAUGGCUGGAGCUGAGGACAGGGUCCUGUGCCAAGCCCUGAACAAUUUCAGCAGACAACCAGGUUGCCAACAGGCUGGGGGGCCACAGCUCUGCCGGCUCUUUGUUGUAACACCUGGGACCAACAGGCAUGCUCUGGAGAAGUGUAGUUUCUCUCUCAAGAAUGAAACUCUUUUAUUUCCCCACUUGACCCUGGAGGACCCUCCAGCCCUGUCCUCCCUGCUCAGUGGGGCUUGGAGGACCCACCUUAGUCUUCAUGUCAUAGAGCUGGAGGAGAAGCCCGUUAUGACAAAGCAGCCAUGGCCUAAGAUUCAACCAUAGAAGGUGCCACUCCUCACAGGCUGCUGGGCUGGGAUAAUGGAACAGGACUUCUACUGCUGUCUCUGAUGGGCAUACCCACAGGUUGUUCCUCUAAGUGAGCCCACAUUCAUUUUCCUCAGACACCAAAGAUUUGACCAGUCAUGGUCCCAAUGCCAAGGUCCCCAAAGAAGCCUACCAUAGCCACAGGCACAUGUUUGUUUCUGUGCCGUUACCUCCAAUUGCUGUGUAAUGUCUAAAUAUAUAGUAGCGCCUGGUUAUCAAAGACAAUGAACUGCUGAUGACGUUCCUAAGUGGCCUCUCCCAAACUUACCACAAUGCCUGACUUCUUGUUACCAUGACAACCUUUGAUUUCCAAUCUGGCUUUCUAAACAAAUACAGUGUGAAGUAGGGACAGCAGGUGGCUCACAUUCAGCUCUAGUCCCUAGUCUGCUACUCACAAACUGAUCUUAACAAAGUCCCUUCCACUCAGCCAAUCACCCAAUCUCACCACAGACAGGAGGGUCCUGAGGUCAGUGUCAGCCCUGGAGCCCACAGACUAAUGUCCCCCAGAUUGAUAAACAUGUCUCUACAAGGCUCUUUAGCCAGGAAGCAGUCAUUGUGUUAUAUUUCAUGGCACUGUGGUGCCAGUGGACUCGGGGUUUGGGCAUAACCAAAACAAGCCAUUCCAGAGAAUGUCUUCCUAUCCUCUUUGACUCCUUUUAUGAGCAGUGGUGGGAUUUUUCCAGUCACUGUCUAAAGGAUCAGGAAAUGAAGCUCAGGGGCACAAUGCCUGUUUAGGAUGGUUAAGGAACUAUCCCCAGCACCAAGAUGGGAAAAAAAAAAAAAAGGAAAAUCUCAUCCGGGUGUUGGUGGCGCACGCCUUUAGUCUCAG